AGGCGGAGCGGCCCAAGGAUUCCCAUUGCAAAGCGCGGUGUGCUUUUCCGAUGGCGCCCUACGAGGAGGUGAGUGUGUCCGGCUUCGAGGACUUCAGCCGGGCUGUGGAGCAGCACAAAGGCAAGACCAUUUUCGCCUACUUUACCGGUUCUAAGGACGCCGGAGGGAAAAGCUGGUGCCCCGACUGCGUGCAGGCUGAACCAGUCGUACGAGAGGGGCUGAAGAAUAUUUGUGAAGGAUGUGUGUUCAUCUUCUGCCAAGUAGGAGAAAAACCUUAUUGGAAAGAUCCAAAUAAUGACUUCAGAAAAAAAUUGAAAAUAACUGCAGUGCCUACACUACUUAAAUAUGGAACACCUCAAAAACUGGUAGAAUCUGAAUGUCUUCAGCCCAACCUCGUGGAGAUGAUGUUCUCUGACGAUUAAUAUUUGAUGAGAUAGUUGUCUUUUGAUGUCCUGAUUUGCAUACUUGCUUUGAAAUCACGUUACCAUAAAUAAAUACAUAAUAAUGGCAUAAAAA